AUGAGCCUCAACAACAGUGCUCUGGGGUCUUGCUUCCGGCCAACCAACAUCACGCUGGCAGAGCGGCGCCUCAUCGCCUCGCCCUGGUUCGCCGCCUCCUUCUGCCUCGUGGGCAUGGCCUCCAACCUGCUGGCCCUGAAGGUGCUGGCGGGCGCGCGGCAAGGCAGCUCCUACCCUCGCUCCUCCUUCCUCACCUUCCUCUGCGGCUUAGUGCUCACCGACUUCUUGGGGCUGCUGGUCACCGGGGCCAUCGUGGUGUCCCAGCACGCUGUCCUCUUCGACUGGCAGGCCGUGGACCCCCACUGCCGACUCUGCCGCUUCAUGGGCGUCGUCAUGGUCUUCUUUGGGCUCUGCCCGCUGCUCUUGGGCGCCACCAUGGCUUCGGAGCGUUACCUGGGCAUCACCCGGCCCUUCUCGCGGCCCGCCCUGGGCUCCCAGCGCCGCGCCUGGGGCACCGUGGGCCUGGUGUGGGCCACGGCGCUGGCGCUGGGUCUGCUGCCGCUGCUGGGCGUGGGGCGCUACACCGUGCAGUUCCCCGGAUCCUGGUGUUUCCUCACGCUUGGGCCCGAGCCCGGGGACGUGGCCUUCGGGCUGCUCUUCGUCUUCCUGGGUAGCCUCUCGGUGGGACUGUCGUUCCUGCUCAACACCAUCAGCGUGGCCACUCUGUGCCACGUCUACCACGGGCAGGAAGCCGCCCAGCAGCGCCCUCGGGACUGCGAGGUGGAGAUGAUGGUUCAGCUCACGGGCAUCAUGGUUGUGGCCAGUAUCUGUUGGAUGCCGCUGCUGGUGUUCAUCGCGCAGACGGUGCUGCAGACCCCGCCGGCUAUGAGCCCCAGCGGGCAGCUGUCGCGGGCCACCGAGAAGCAGCUGCUCAUCUACCUGCGCGUGGCCACGUGGAACCAGAUCCUGGACCCCUGGGUGUACAUCCUGUUCCGACGCGCCGUGCUGCGGCGUCUACACCCGCGCGCCAGCGCCCGGGCGCGCGCUCUGUCCCUGCAGCCACAGCUGUCGCCCCGGGGCCGGGGACCGUAG